UCCAAAUAUAUAUCUGCCAGGGAAUAUAGAGGGUUAACGGAGCAGAAAUAUGACUGACAGGGAACAGGUGAAUGAGUAUGAAUAUGAGCAGCGAAAUUCACCUACCACGUCAAAUACACAGACUCGAGAUCAGCCCACAUAUGCUGAUGGAUACACACGGAUACCACCAAAUUCUUCAAGACACAGCGAACUGCAAAGGACUGCACAGAAAGAGGAAGAAGCUCUAAGAAAAUGGAAGGAGGAGAACCGUCCCGGCCCCAUUCAGCUGGCACCAGUGAGGCUCGGUGGUGCAGUUUCAUUAAAAGAAGUCAGGCAGAAACAGCAACAGGAGGCACGCCAGGCCAAACUAAAAAAAAGGCUUCAAAAAGAGGAAAUGGAUAGAAAAAAUAGGCAGGCAGAGGAGGAGGAGAACAAGGAGAUGAAGGCCAAACAGCGAGAUAAGGCCAUUAAACUGGAGAUGAAGAGAGAACAAGAAGAGCAACAUAGAAAGGAUCUGUACCAACCUGAUCAGCAAAUGAAAAACAGGGAGUUUCUUCAAAAAGUGGAGACGUCUAACAGAACUGUUCCUAUGGCAGCAAGCAAUUCCAUCCCAGCAUCAUCUUGGGGUAAAUGUCAGGAGUACAGAGAAUCCAGAAGACAGGAAGAGAAUACAGGCCUACUUGAGAAGAAAGAGGAGCAAAGGAGAAAGGCAGAAAUUUUGGAGGAAAAGUUGAAGCAAGAAGAGGAUGACAGGAAGAGACAGAUUGAGACUGACCAUCGAAGGGUGAACUUGGCCUUCCUUAAUCGAUUGGAGACAAGUACUUCAGAUAGGAUGUCUGAACCCAUGGCAAACACCCUCUGUGAAUACGAUGAUGAACUAGAGGAUCCAGCCUCAUCGCCUGUACCCAAUCCGUUACAGGGCUAUACAGAGGAGGAGGGUUGUGAACAGGUGUGGGCUGUAAUGAAACUUCUGCAAAAUUUUCCCUACUAUGAGCGAGAUAUGUUGGAAGACAUCCUACAACAGUGUAAUGGCGACUACAAGCAAGCAUAUGAGCUGCUUAAUGUGUAAACAAAAACAUUUUCAUUCUGUUCUUGUUAUUCUUGUUAUUCUGGAGUUCAAGCUUUAAUUGAAAAGUUCUUCAACAAAUGGAAAAUCUGUUCUCAGUUACUCCCAAGAUUUAAUUUUACUACUCUUGUGACUCUGGUCUACACACAAUGUCAUACUUUGUAAAUGUAGUUCGGUUCUCUUUGUUAUUAACUGUGAUGCGGACCAAAAAAAAAACAUUUAAUCUUUGUUUCCUUAGCAAAGGACCCUAAGUGGUCUUAAAGAUAUUCUUUAAAACAAUAAUAAUGACAAAUCUUAAUUUUGUGUAGACAAAAUACUGGAAAUAUUGUGAAUUAAUUAAUUAUUUGCAAUAAUGUUAUAACUUGGCAUAUGCCCCAAAAUAAGACAAGAUUCAAUUCGAGCACUGCUUGAAGUCCCCGAGACCCAUCUUUUCAUUGGUCUGGGUCUGCUUUUUUGGCAGCUCCAGGGCUUGGAUGGCAGUGUUCAAAUUCACUUUUAAUAAAGUGCACUAGCAAAGCAAUCGCACCAAAAGUUAAUUUUAAUCGGACCAAUGCAUGCCAUAUGUGAACACUCCCUUACAAUGUUUUUGUUAUAGUGUAGCAUUUCAGUCCCAUUUACUUUAACAAAACAGAAAAUCGCAGCCAAGCUAUUCUUCAAAAAAUUAUUUUCUUCCAAAAAAAAUUGUAAAUCAAUGUCAUGUGAGUAAUUGUCGACAAGAGAUUAAUUUUGGUUCAACAAAACCUUACAUACAAGAAUAGUAAAGGCAGUGGGCUUAAAUAUUGUAGUGUCCUUUGAACUGACAGAAACACUGUUUAUUUAUUUAGUUUAUUCAGUAAUUUUCAUUCUGACACAGAACUGAUUGACACUCAGCCACAGAGAAAGAAAUCAAAACAAUAAAUCAAGAUUUGAGUCUGCCGUGGGAAAGUUUAUGGCUCCCUUGUGUACAGUUUGCAGGGUAAAUGAUGUGCAUUCAUGAAAUUCAAAGGCUAAUUUAUAAUGAGGUAAAUGACUGGCAGUCAAAAGUUCUGUGUGCAUCCAACAAUAGGGAGGGACACUGAAAAACCAAACCACCAUACAGAUCAUUUACUUCCAAACUGUAUAGGUUCAUGUUUAAGACUGCUUUUAUUUGUGUGAAAUUUGAGCAGAUCUAAUCAUGAAGUAAAUGAAACGGAGCUGGUUUCUGUCAGUGGCAAGGCAACGUUUAUUUAUAUAGCACAUUUCAUACACAAGGGCAAUUCAAAGUGCUUUACAUAAAAUGAUUGACAAAGAGAAAUAAGAUGUAUCUUUAAAAUGCAAAUGAUUUGAGAUCACAAAUAUAACUUUAGAUUUUAAGAAAAAAUAAAAUUGAUUAAAAAUGUGAGUGUAUAUAUAAGAACCACGGAAAAAGAAAUAAUAAAUCUAAGUGCAGUUGAUGUAAACCAGCACAGCGCUCAGGUUGUUAAUGGACAGCUAAAGAGCUAUGGUGUGGACAAACUUUAGCUCGAGAUCUGUAGCACGGGAGUUCUCUUGAUCUUCAGAGUUCUUUACCCUGCUCAGUGAGUAAAAUAAUACAAUGUGAGAGAUUUUCCCCUGUGAGAUUUGUAAAAACGUAGCCACUUUGUAUUUUUGUUGAACCACGAUCAGUUGUGCUCCUACACAGGAAACGAUUAUUAUGUAAAUGUGUUCACUUCAAUAAACAUUGUCGUUUCCUGUGACAGCU